GUCAAUGCUUGGAGCUCGAAAAUUGCACAACGCAUGAGAGCUCGUCUAACUUGAUAAGCUUAAUGUUCAACUAUUCGCCCUGAAGAUGGCAACUCUGGUGUGAGGACCGUCUUUUAACCAGCAUCUAGUCAUCUUUUCUGGUCAGGCUUUGACUGUCUACAUACAUGAUACAAAAGAAUUUUUGUCGGUUGCAUGUCAGAUCAAAUUUAAAUUUCUACUCAACUUCUAUGAAGACAACGUUAAUGUCAAGGUCAGAUCAAUCUUUGAGCUCGACCUCAUCUCUUCCAGGCAUUUUUGUAGCCUUUCUUGUGAAGCAGCCGGCGAUAAGAAAAAAGUAUAUGCAAGUCAACUAAGCGAUGAUCAAAAUAAAAAUAUUCCCAAAAUCAUCUUUGUACCGGCAAAAGCACGUUCAAAUUUUUUAAUGGCUACGUAAACGGCUGCACAACGCAGUUUCACCGCAUCAACUUAAACUUCCGAUCGAUUCAAUACUUCUUAUUGUGAACAAUGUUCACACUGUACAGGACUUGGGUUUCAACAACAGGGCUGAUGAGGAUAUUGCGUAUGAUGUGAGUGCAGACAUUGACUUAAUACACCGUUGUAAGCUUUGUAAAUUGCACAGAUGGCCGCUAACGAGUCAGCUAGGUUUACUUUUCUUUGCGAUCAAUACAUUGAGUGAUUUUGAACGCAGGACAAUUUUGAUUUUUCGAUGCCUUUAGGCCGUGUAAUACAACUUGGAAUGCAGCAGAUUGAUCAACCUAAAUUUGUUGAUUUAAACAUUGUUAACGUCAGGCAUUGACAUGUCUGUGUUCAAUAAUCUCAUGUUUUUAAAAGACAAAGCAAGUAUUGAAUCCAUACAAAAUGCUACCUCUCCAAGAAACCUUACGAUGUAAAAUGGGCAAAAUCUA